CAAGGAACAGUUGAGUGAUAAUGACUCGUUCUGUAGAGCAUCUGGGGUGAUCUAGAACCCUUUUAAUGAUUGUGCUGAUUCAGGGAACUUGUGUUUUCUCUUGGGUAUUGAACUGGUUGGACGCCAAUGUGAAUGUCAUCUUGGACGAAGGAUCUAACGAGCCGGGAGACGGGACGGAAUGUCAUUUCCUUGGCUGUAGAGAACACAUGGAUAUGCUUAGGACCCAGAAGAGAGAGCUUUCGCCGCUCCUGCUCUCCCUGUAAAGCUCUCUAUGUGACAAUAAAAAAGUCUUCGCUUCUCCCAGUCUGUAUUGUUCAAGGAACUGAGCGAUUUACAUUGUACCCCAAAUCUAUCCCGUUGAAAUAAGUUAAUAAUGGACAUUUCUGAUCAGCUCGUUUCAUCGGGGACUUUCCGGGUGCUCAAGGAACCUCUGGCGUUUCUACGGAUCUUGGAAUGGCUUUUUGCAAUCUUUGCAUUUGCAACAUGCGGUGGCUACUCUGGAGAACUGAGAGUUAGUGUGGACUGCGCCAACAAGACGCAAAGUGACCUUAGCAUUGAUAUCGCCAUUGCUUACCCGUUCAGGCUACAUCAGGUGAAUUUCGAGGCUCCCACAUGUGACGGCAAACGGCCUGAAUCCAUAUCGCUGAGCGGGGACUUCUCAUCUCCAGCUGAGUUCUUUGUCACAAUUGCUGUCUUCGCUUUCCUCUACUCUUUGGCCGCUACGGUUGUCUACAUUUUCUUCCAGAACAAGUAUCGGGAAAAUAACCGCGGCCCUCUAAUCGAUUUUAUUGUGACCGUGGUUUUCUCCUUCAUGUGGCUUGUGAGCUCCUCCGCGUGGGCCAAGGCAUUAUCGGACGUUAAGGUUGCCACAGACCCCGAUGAAGUUCUUUUACUGAUCUCCGCUUGUAAGCAGAGGGCUAAUAAGUGCAUGUCCCUGCGCAGCCCUGUUAUGUCGAGUCUAAACACUUCCGUGGUUUUUGGGUUUCUGAACUUUAUCCUCUGGGCUGGAAACAUAUGGUUUGUUUUCAAGGAGACCGGUUGGCACGCGUCCGGCCAGAGAUACCCAGCAGAGACAAUGGAAAAACAAGCCACCGGCUGCAACCAGUCUUUAAAUCAAGGUGCCUACAACCAAGAGAGCUAUGCUCCCGGGUAUAAUCAGCCGCAGGGAGGAUUUGUUCAACAAUCCAACUUUGGCCAACCAGCCGGAUUUGCCCCACAAAACUACAACCAGGCUCGAUAUAAUCAAACUGGGCCAACGGCAUUUUCCAAUCAAAUGUAACGAGAAAAGAAGAAGGAGGACGUCCGUUCCUUUGACAGCAAAGAGCCCAACAAGGUCUUUAAUAUUUGCAAGAGCAUCGACACUACAGAUAAAAUGAAAUGAGUAGCAAGUGGUAUUAACUACCAUCUACUGGGACGUUGGUAUGAAAACAUCUCUGGUGGACUACGUUUUCUGUUAGGACAGAUGACGGGAAUAAGUAAUGCGUUUAGUAAUCGUUGUUUGUGUGUUGGAAUAGUAACCAUAUUUCGUAAUCCCGGAGAUUUUCACCUCUGAUAACCGCGGACCAUUCACGUUCCUUACAUUUUUGGUGUAAAAAGUGCUAGUCUUCUAAAUUGAUUGCAUGUCGUGGCUGCUACUGUUGCGUGAGCGUGUUUAGUGCUAACCUUCCGUCGGAAACG